GAAGAAAGAAAGUAGAAAAUAAGAAAAAAAAAAUUGAAAAAUUCAAACGAAAACCUCGAACUCAAGAUUCUUCCUGUUUCGAACAAAAGGGCCACCGAAUUCAGAAAUAAAAAAAUCCCUUCCAACUGCCAGAUUUAUUACAUCUACGGAGAAAUUCGCGGCGCUUAGAGAAAUUUCAGCUGAGCUUUCUGUAGCUUGAAACUGAAAAUUCGAUAUCAUGGCAAAGAUGAAGCCGCAAGCUUUGCUUCAACAAAGCAAAAAGAAGAAAGGGCCUUCGCGGAUUAGUCUUACAACAAUUCUCACGUGCAGCUUGAUUGUUGCUUUAUUUGUGUUUUUCCUGCAUACCUCAUACAGACAUUGGUCUCAUAGGUCAAAGUUACAAUUAGAGAAUGGGUUUUCAGGUUCUGAGACUGAAGCCUCUUUGAUGGAUACAAAAAAGUCAGAUCUACCUGGAUAUGCUGUUUUCAGUACUUCAAAGGGCACAAUAGUUGUGGAGCUUUACAAAGAAAGUGCCCCUGAAGUCGUUGAUGAGUUUAUUGAUUUAUGUCAAAAGAAUCGUUUUAGUGGAAUGCUGUUUCAUCAUGUGAUAAAACACUAUUCAAUUCAAGUGGGCAAUAGCCAAGAUCUUGGGGUCGCAGAAGAUUGGAUUCUGGGAGGAAAGCAUCAUAGUCAGCCUGAUGCAAGUUUAAAACACGACGCCUUUUUAGUCGGCACACCAAGGGGGAAACCUAAGAACAAAGGAUUUGAGAUUUUCAUUACAACUGCACCAAUUCCAGAUCUUAGUGAGAAGCUGAUCAUCUUCGGGCAAGUAAUCAAGGGCGAACACGUUGUACAGGAGAUCGAGGAGGUAGACACGGACGAGCAUUAUCGACCUAAAUCUACAAUCAAAAUAAACAACAUAACCCUGAGAAUGAAAAUAUGAUUGGCUGCCUUGGACAAUGGAGAGCAUUUAGCAUCUUGGGCUUCUACCUUUCAAGUAAUUGUUUUUCUCAUCUCCUAACUGACGUUAUCGUAGGAAUAGUUUUUCGGAUGAGAUAUGGCUUGGUAUAUUCAUUCAAGUGUUCAUCCAUGUUACUGCGGUAUUAGCCUCUGGUGGGUGGGCAGGGAGAGAGAAGUGCUUAUCAAAAUCCUUUUUCUUUUGUGUAAUAUGCUUUAUUUGGGACUUGAUUUGACAACUUUGUUUUAUAAACUUUGAAAUGUUAUACUCAUUAGGUUCCUGGAAUUUUCUAGUGGCCAUCGGAACUCAAUUAGGGAGAUUUUUUUGCAACGUCAGUGGUGAGCAUUACAUCGACGAAUGGACAUCAAUUCAUAUAUCAAAACAUCAUAUAUUCAUUAUUGGAAUUUGUUGUAUAUUGACUCGAAAAUUAUAGUAGCCUAUUGGGUGAUUAUUUGAUC